GCAUUCAAUUGAAAUUGCGUGCACAAGCGAUAACGUCAGUCAGAUUCGAACGAAAGCUAGAAACCAGUUUCUAAUUUCCUAAGAAAUUUAAUUCCAACUUUAUUUUUGAGUUCGCGAAUAUGGUGAAGUUACUGGAAAAAGUAUGUUGCAUGCGCCUUCGCACUGCUGGUUUUGUUAUCGGCUGGCUCGGUGUGUUGGGAGCCGUUAUAGGAUGCAUUAGCUCAGCCUGUGUUAUAGCAUCUCCUGAUGCACUCCUUGAUCAUAUUAGGCGAUAUUAUGAUAAUGUGUAUAAUAUUCGUCUUAAUGCGGAUACCCUGGCUAGCAUUCGUAAAGAUAUUGUCCUGAUCACCAGUAUCUACUUAGCUGCUGAUAUAAUCGCUGGUUUGAUUUCAGGUUUGCUAAUUCACGGUAUAAAGAAGAAUCGCUAUUUGAUGAUUUUGCCCUGGUUGAUUCUAAAUGGCAUAGGAUUGAUUUGUAGUAUUUUAUAUUUAUUAGUUGCCAUAUAUUCGGUGUUCCAGGGUACAUUGGAGACUACUAUAAUUUUUAUUGCAUCGCUAUUGUUCUUCGUUCUUUAUUACUACAUUUAUUGGGGUAUCUACUCACUGUAUAAACAUAUUCAAAUACAUAAGAUUACUGGACACACGAUCUAGAAGUUUUGGUUUUUUCAUAUAAUAUCAUAUAAUAUAUCGAUAUAAAUGUGUGAUUGUUUGCUUAUCACUUAAAAUUUGUAUAUAUUCAUAUAAUUCAUGUAAUAAAUAAAAAAAAAGAAAAAAUAA